UGCAAUUAAUCAAGACCCAUCACCGACGCUUUCUCCACCGAAAACCCUCACAAGAAAACUGCUUAAAACCCUAACGACCUCCGUCAACUUUAUCAAGGAACCUCCUCAUCUACACGACCCAACGAAAGCUCCAGUCUUUUUCUUGAUCACGACGACUCCAUCGAUCGGACUCAAUCCCUUAUCGAUCCCAAGAUCACGGCGAGUUUCAAGCUCGCGUUUGAAGCCGGAAACUAACCAUCACCAUGGCCCAUGAAGACCGAGUAGAGCUGCGGAUGCCGCAAUUCCCGCUCGACGCGAGCUCCUACAAGAUCGUCGGUGAGAUCGGGGCUGGCGUCAGCGCGGUUGUGUACAAGGCCCUGUGCGUGCCGAAGGGCUCGGCGGUGGUCGCCAUCAAGGCCAUCGACCUCGACCGCUCCCGCGCCGACCUCGACAGCAUCCGAUGCGAGGCCAAGACGCUCUCGCUCCUCUCCCACCCCAACAUCCUCAACGCCCACUGCUCCUUCACGGUGGACCACCGCCUCUGGGUGGUCAUGCCCUUCAUGUCUGCCGGCUCGGUGCAGUCCAUCAUGGCGUCCUCCUUCCCAGAGGGCCUCCCCGAGGCGUGCAUCGCUGUCAUCUUACGAGAAACCUUAAGUGCCCUCUCCUACCUCCACAACCAGGGCCACGUGCACAGGGACAUCAAGGCGGGCAACAUCCUCAUCGACUCGGGCGGCGCCGUGAAGGUCGCCGACUUUGGCGUCUCAGCCUUGAUAUACGAACUUGGUCCGGAUCAGAGGUUAUCUUUCUCGUCAAGUUCAUCGUCGUUGAUGCUAACUAAUAUGACCGGGACACCCUACUGGAUGGCGCCGGAGGUGAUCCACUCCCACAACGGGUAUGGAUUCAAGGCUGACAUAUGGUCUUUUGGAAUAACCGCGCUCGAAUUGGCCCACGGUCGGCCUCCUUUAUCUCAUCUCCCGCCUUCGAAGUCUUUGCUCAUGAAGAUCACGAAGCGUUUCCGGUUUUCCGACUACGAGAAGCACAAGAAGGACGACCCUGUUCGAAGGAAGUUCUCGAAAUCGUUCAAGGACAUGGUGGCUUCUUGCCUCUACCAAGAUCCUUCGAGACGACCCACCGCAGAGAAGCUAUUGAAGCACUCUUUCUUCAAGAACUGCAAAGGGCCGGAGUUUCUUGUGAAGCACGUCUUGAAAGGGCUGCCUAGCGUUGAGGAUAGAUACCGGCAAGGCAAGCUCUUACGGUCCUUGUCGAUGAACAAGAGUGGCGAUGAUGGGGGAGAGGAAGAUGAUUGUGCUGAGUCGGAUGAUCCCGAGGGUCAGAGCGAUAAGCACAGGAGGAUAAGCGGGUGGAAUUUCAAUGAGGAAGGGUUCGAGCUUGACCCGGUUUUCCCCAGUGAAAUUGUUUCCUAUGAUUCAUCAGCACAGCAAGCUAGUUUCGAAGGCGAAGGAAUGGACCGAGACAACGUGGCCGGGUUGAAAGGGCCCUUCGAAUUGGCGAGCUGUACUGACCAAUCGAGCACCAGCUCGCCGGCCCGAGCUGCCAACGAGAGCGAAGACGAAUGCAGCGACCGUCGGGGAAGCAUUCAGGUGGCAAUCAACAACGCGGCUGGAGGCUUUGAUAAAGAGGUGAUGCUGGGGAGCCUGGCGCUGCUGAAGAGGAGCUUGGAAGAUGAAUUGCAGAAAGUGAACAGCUUGAUGAGUCUCUUAGGAGGAGGAGGAGAUCAGAGAGGUGUGGAACUAGCCAAUAGAGAAGAGCAGUUGGUGCAGGUGACUGACAAGCAGAAGGCUAAGUUGGAGAGUGAGAAGAAGAAGAAUUCCGAGUUGGAGAGAGAGCUGGAGUGUCUCCAGCACCGGAUCAGCGGCGCCGGCGGUGAGACGACCGAUGACGCACCAGUUAGAGAUUAAAUGAUGCCGUUCAUGAUCAGAUAUGGCGAAUCAAACCCUCUAUCGCUCCUCAUUAAUUGUUGCCAAUCCAUUUUGUGUUCUUUAAUGAAGUAAGGAGAUGAGACUAGAUAUUUCCGUUAUUCGCCAUUCAACAAUCGU